CCAUGGUAGGCUGAUCAGCUGACCGAAGAACAGAUUGCUGAAUUCAAGGAAGCUUUCUCCCUAUUCGAUAAAGAUGGUGAUGGCACCAUCACAACAAAGGAACUUGGGACCGUCAUGAGGUCACUGGGUCAAAACCCAACAGAAGCUGAAUUGCAGGAUAUGAUCAACGAGGUGGUUGCUGAUGGGAAUGGCACCAUUGGCUUCCCAGAAUUUUUGACCAUGAUGGCUAGAAAAAUGAAAGACACAGAUAGUGAAGAGGAAAUCCGUGAGGCAUUCCGAGUCUUUGAUAAGGAUGGAAAUGGUUACAUCAGUGCAGCAGAGCUACAUCACGUUAUGACAAACUUAGGAGAGAAACUAACAGAUGAAGAAGUAAAUGAAAUGAUCAGAGAAGUAGAUAUUGAUGGAGACGGACAAGUCAACUAUGAAGAAUUUGUACAGAUGAUGACUGCAAAAUGAAGACCUGCUUUGAACCACUUUCCCUUCUAGAAGAAUCAAAUUGAAUCUUUUACUUACCUUUUGAAAAAAAAAAAAGAAAAGAAA